UUCUCUUUCCGUGUUCCGUUCGUCAGUCGCCAUUUGCGGUUCGUUUCGUCUGCUCCGUCGUUGUCAAGCAAAAGUGCCCGCUAAUUCCAAGCAUCGUGUCCGCCAUUGUGUAGUGUCGAAACAUUACGAAAUUUACAAGCAUUAUCAAGCGUACGUGUCCUAAAACUCAGCGAAGAUGGUCGACAAGAUUGAAAUGAGUCUCGACGAUAUUAUCAAAACCGGCAAAGGCCGUGGCCGUGGCGGUAAACGGGGAGGCCGUGGACGCCCGGGCAACAGCCCGCGUCGCGGUGGUGGCGGUGGCCCCGGUAGCGGUGUCUCCCCUUUCCAUCGCAGACGCACCACACGAGGCGGCGGUGUACAAGCCGGCCGUACGCGUGGUGGCGGCAUGCCAGGAUCAUACAACAGGGGAGACGUAAACAGUGCUUGGAAGCACGAUCUUUUCGAGGGCUUUGGCCCGCGAAAACUUGCGGCUGCUCGCGCCGCAGUCUCGCUUGGCAAAGGCCCGACCAAGCUUCUCGUGUCCAAUCUUGAUUUCGGCGUUUCCAAUUCGGACAUACAAGAGCUGUUUGCCGAAUUUGGGCCGCUCAAGAAUGCGUCCGUUCACUAUGAUCGGUCAGGCCGAUCCCUGGGCACUGCCGAUGUCAUUUUCGAACGACGCUUGGACGCGAUCAAGGCAAUGAAGCAGUACAAUGGCGUGCCGCUCGACGGACGCGCAAUGAACAUCCAAAUCACCACAUCGGAAAUUGCCACCGUGCUCAGGCCCUCCGUCCCAUCGGGGCCCACCGGGAAAUUCGUGAAUCGAGGAGGUCAGCGACGAGGCUCUGGAGUUAGCCGUAUGCGAACUGGAAGAGGUGGGCGUGGACGAAGCAGUAAUCCCCGCAAUCAAAAGAAAGCUCCCACAGCCGAAGAACUCGACGCCGAAUUGGAUGCGUACACCAGCGAAAUGAAAUAGUCGCGUAGAAUUAUGUUGCUUAAAAAAGUAAUUUUAAGUUAAAAGUUUUAAGAUAUCCAAGAGAAACUAUCCAAAUGUAAAAUACAUGUGCAAUUCACGUGCGCGCACAUUUUUUGUUCGUUUUAUAUGUUUGAAAUUGAUUUCAUUCUGGAAUUGCACAUGUGUGUGCAUAACCAAACUAUUGACAAAGGCAAAUGUAGUUUUGCCGAACAUUUGCUUGAUGAUUUAAAGGAACAAGAUACUUGAACACAAGUAUAAUCUCAUCAAACAAAUGUUAAAUUACGAAUAUGUAACCAAACAUAGUAGUUGGAUUUGUAAUCAUUUAUGCGUGACGAUUUAGAAACUACUCCAUAAUGAAAUGCGAUUUAAGUAAACUGCUAGAAAUUAGUGACUUGAUUUUCUAACAAUUCGUUUAAUGUGUAAAAAUAAAUAAACCGUUUUAUAUGAAACCUGAAAAA